UUUAAGUAGAAAUUAAACUAGAAACAGAAGUGAAAUCCAAGGCAAGAUCAAACAGCAAUCUUUCUGUGAAUUAAAGUUUAACAAGGAAGCAACUCCAAGUGCAGAUUCACAAAGUGUAACAAUUACAACGCUAACAUCAGGGCUCAAGUCCAGAGACAUGGCGUCCAGUUCUGACUCUCCAUCUCCUGCUAACCCUCUGGAGAAGCAGCUCAUCUGCUCCAUCUGCCUUGAGAUAUUUAAAGACCUGGUCACCACUAGUUGUGGUCACUCCUUUUGUGAAGAAUGUCUGGACAGGAGCUUAAGACUAGACAAUUCCUUGUGUCCUUUAUGCAAAAACUACAUAUUAAGAACACCCCAAGUCAAUAUAAUACUGCGAAGUGUAGUGGAGCAGAUGAAGAAUGAGAAAGAGGAGGAGGAAAGGAGGAGAUUCAGGGGGAGACCAGGACAAGUUCCCUGUGACAUGUGCACCAAGAUGGCCGCCACAAAGUCCUGCCUGAUUUGCCUCAGCUCGUACUGUGACGAUCACCUCCAAAUACACUCGGCUAACCAAAGGUUGAAGGGACACAAACUGGUGGAUCCGGUGGAGGACUUGGACCAAAGGGCCUGUCUGACUCAUGGGCGCCCCCUAGAGCUGUACAGCAGAAAACAGGAGAAGUGCAUCUGUGUGCUGUGUAUGGAGAAGGGAGAGGAGGGGGUGGUGUCCUCAGAAGAGGAGUGGGCCAACAAGAAGGUAAACACUGUCAAAUCUGACCUGAAAGAGAGCAUUGUGAAGAGGAAGACCAAGAUGGAUCAGAUCAAUGCUUCUCUGAAAAGCUGUAAGGAUCAGCUGGACAGUGAGUGGUGGGCGAUAGAUGACGUCUUCUCUGAGGUGAUCUCCACAGUAGAAGCAGCUCAUGCCAAAGCUCUCAAACCAUUGGAGGAGAGGAGGCAGCGUCUGAAACAGGAGGCAUCUGAUCUGUGUGAAACACUGCGGUCUGAAGUGAGCACCCUGGAAAAGACCAUCUCCGAACUCGAACACAUUUCAUCAUUUGAGGACCAUGUGCUCUUCCUGCAGAAAUAUCCGUCUGUGAAAGAGCCUGGAGUUAAAGACUGGACGUCUGUAGAGCUGGACACUUCUGUGAGUUUUGGCUCUUUGAGAAAAAUAACAACUGAAGCAAUGGAGCAGAUUCAAGGGCAUCUGGACAAGCUCACGGCUCUGGGUAAGAAAAACUUUCCAAAAUUUGCAGUGGAUGUGACCCUCGACCCGAACUCAAGCCACAAGCGCCUGGUUCUGUCCGAAGACCAAAAAGAAGUGUUUGACGGAGAAAGUGAGGCUGAAGUCAUCGACGAUUUGGAGAGAUUUGAUGUUUUUGGCAGCAUCCUGGGGCGUGAGGGGCAGGACAGCGGCUCGAGGGCCUACUGGGAGGUGCAGGUGGAGGGCAAGAGCGGCUGGGACCUGGGCGUAACAUCAGCUAAAGCUAAGCGCAAAGGGAAACUAACACUGAGUCCAGAAAACGGCUACUGGGCUAUAGUUCACUAUGAGGGAGAUAAGUAUGCAGCCCUGACAGCGCCCCCUGUCUGUGUGCAGCUGAAGGACAAGCCGCAGAAGGUGGGGGUGUUUUUAGACUACGACGAAGGCCUGCUGUCUUUUUACAACGUGACAGAUGAAGCCCAUAUCUACUCUUUUAGCAAAGCUGAUUUUAAAGGGGAGGUAUUACCUUACUUUAGUCCACAUGUUAAAAAUGAGACGAACACAGGGGCCUUGGUUAUUUCUACUGUUAAAUCCAGUUAAAGAUAUAUCAUGGAUUUUUCUGUUCUCGUUUGGGUUAAUAAAUAUUUUGAACACGGUUUAAAUUGCACGUUUUGAUAAAAUAAUAAAUUUCACAUAAAGACAAGCAAGAUAUAAAUAUAAAAUCUGAACUGUAAUGAUAAGUUUUUGUGAAAUGAGUCUAACCUGUCAUAUGUGAUUUACUUUCAGUUCACAUCUGGUUUAGACUCACCUCCUUUAAACAGAUUUAGCUCCAAGUUCUUCCUAAUAUAGUUUGUGGAAAUAGGAAAGGAAAGGAAAUACUUCAAAGUGCACAGUGUACCUUUAAUCAAAUCAGAUCAAUAAAUAAAGUUUGGCAAUUUUUUAAGUUUAACAUUUCCUGGUUGGAAUUUCAUAACCGUUACCUAGCAACCAUUUUGUACACUGGGAAAUUUUCUAAUGUACACAAAAUUAUUAUUUGCCAAUUUUUUGUUAUUUUAUUGAUAUUUCAUUAUAAUAAAGUUUAAAGGAUCAGAAAAA